CUCUAAGUAUGUUUUUGGUCCAUUAAUUAAUUAAUUAUUACUACCUUUAUUUGGGAGCAGGAUCUGGUGGAUGGUCAUCAUAGUGUCUAUUAUUGGAAGUUAAGCUUAGUUAGGGUUCUUGAGUGGAGUCUCUAACUUCUGGUUAAAAAAAGGAAAUAGUCUUAUUUUAGCAUUACUUCUGCAGCUAAGUGAUUCCUGCUGUUUUCUGUCUUUUCUUCAAGUGUCAUGAUUUCCAACAUUGAUCUGAUGGGGUGAGUUGACAUAAAGAUAAAAACAAAUUACGUAUUAAUAUAGUGAUUAAGUUCCAGCACCAACUUCUACUUAUUUUCUACUUAUUUGAUAAAUAUGUCAUUGUUGUCAUUUGUUUUACCUUUUCUGCUAAGUGAUUGUUGUCAUUGUGAUUUGUGAGGCAAUACUUGUUGGUUAAUUAUUGGUUUUCGUAAUAUAUUCUCUCCUUUCGAAUUGAUUGUCAUGCUGAUAGUGUAACUUAUUAUAUUAAUAUGGCAAACUAGCUACUUAAUCCGGAGUUCCGGACAGAGGUAGUAGUGGGUGAUCACAAUAUAAAAACUCAAUAAACUAUGUGUUUUUAGCAUGUUUUCUUUCUUGAUUAAUUAAUUUUGUUGGAGUUUGGUCUUCUCAUAUUUUAGUGGGUGAUUAGCACAUGCUUCAUCAUUGUAAUAAUUUAACUACUGUUUCAUAUCUUUUGAUUACUGUUUUUAAUGCGUUUUAAGGUGCUCCAUUUCCAACUAGGAUUAGUGUGGAACCCAUUGUAAAAUAUAAUAAUACUCAAAGUUAAAACAAAGAUUUAUAUGUAUACUGUAUACACAUUUCACAGACAAAGCUCUUUUUAAUAAAAAGAUGAUUUGAGUUCUAGAACUUUGACCAAGUCUCUUUGUAAAGGUGACUUCCAAACACAUGUUAAGGUAAAAUGUAGGAACAGUUUUAUUUUUUAACUUUUUUUCCCUCUCUUUUUCUAGGAGAGUGUAUUGAGAAUAUCAGUUAUUAAAUUUUAAAAAUACGAGGACAUUUUUUUAUUUCCAGUUUGUUUGAACAAAUAAUAUGUGUGAAACAUCUCCGUGCUGUUGGUAUAUAAGUUCUUUUAUCAGAUAAAAAGAUCUGAAGGUGAAUAAUAUGUUUCUUUUUCUGUCUUUUUUUUUUAGAACCACGAGGACACCACUUGCUAAACUAGAAACAUUUACACUUACGAAACAUCUGAAGUUGGGAGGACGUAAACAAGUCUCAGACUAAGUUCUUUUACCAGAUACACUUAGGAAACAAGAGUCCGCUUUCUUUCUUUUUUUUCUCCCAAAAAUGCCCUCCUAUUUUUUCUAGAAACAAAAAAACGCUACCAGAUAUGUCGGUAAUUACAUCAAAUUUUGGGGGUUUGCAAUUAUGCCUAAUAAUGUAUGAAAAGGUACAAGUGUACAACAGUAAGGGGGGCCAAAUACGUAAAGGCAAAGGGCCCCUUACAACAGAAAUAGAGCAGAAAUAAGGUGAAAUUUAUGUUACUUCUUAAGUUUGUUAUAAAGAUGUAAUGGAGUAUGCAUUUUUAGUGCUAGUAGCCUUGAAAGUAGCACUUGUUGUAACUUGUUCUUUUCCUGUACAAAAAGGAACUCGUUUUUUACCUUUUUAUUGGCUAUAUGUUCUACUGCAUGCAUAUAUUUGUAUGAGAAGACAGCAUUAGUAAGUGAAUGAGACAUUCACAUAGUUAAGUGAGUAACACACUUAGCAUGGAGGUUCAAACCUAUGUCUUCCUAUUUCAACUGUUGUUACUCCUUUUGAUGCUUGGGAACUCCAACUGUGGUCCUGAUAUCAAUGCUGUUCGAGCCGAUUAUGGAAUUGGUGCUCUUAAUAGAAGCAGUUUUCCGGCAGGAUUUGUUUUCGGGACAGCUUCAUCAUCUUAUCAGUAUGAAGGUGCAGCUCAUGAAGAUGGUAAAGGCUCAAGUAUAUGGGACACUUUCACUCAUAAAUAUCCAGAGAAGAUCAAAGAUCGAAGUAAUGGUGAUGUGGCAAUAGACUCGUACCAUCUCUAUAAGGAGGAUGUAAAGAUCAUGAAGAAAAUGGGACUAGACGCCUACAGAUUUUCAUUUUCUUGGUCACGGAUAUUACCUUAUGGAAAACUACGCAAAGGCGUGAACCUGAAAGGAUUGGUAUACUACCACAACCUUAUUGAUGAACUAAUAGCGAAUGGUAUAAAACCCUUUGUGACUCUCUUCCAUUGGGAUCUCCCACAAGCAUUGGAAGAUGAGUAUGGUGGUUUUCUCAGUCCUUACAUUGUGGAUGAUUUUAGGGAUUAUGCAAAUGUUUGCUUCAAGGAAUUUGGUAACAAAGUGAAGCAUUGGAUCACAUUGAAUGAACCCUGGUCUUAUAGUUAUGGUGCAUAUGCUAAUGGGAUUUUGGCUCCUGGGCGAUGUUCAAAGUGGCAGAAGUUUAAUUGUACAGGUGGAGAUUCAGCCACUGAGCCAUACAUGGCUGCCCACCAUCAGCUUCUUGCUCAUGCAGCAGCAGUGGACUUGUAUAGGCGUAAAUAUCAGGCAUCUCAAAAGGGCAUAAUCGGUAUCACUCUAGUGUCGCAUUGGUUCGUUCCACUAUCAGAAGUACAACACCAUCAGUUUGCCGCCUUGAGAGCCUUUGACUUCAUGUUUGGAUGGUUUAUGGAUCCAAUAACAAAGGGUGAAUAUCCUCGUACCAUGCGCUCCCUUGUAAAAGGCCGGUUGCCUAAAUUUUCUAUGGAGCAGUCGAGGAUGGUGAAUGGAUCUUUUGAUUUCCUGGGGUUGAAUUAUUACACUGCAUACUAUGCAUCUUAUUCUCCUGGUCUGAAGCUUGCAAAACACAGUUACAUCACUGACUCAAUUGUCACACAAACAGUGGAACGAAAGGGGAUUCCAAUUGGUCCAAAGGCUGGUUCAGAUUGGCUACAUGUUUAUCCACGAGGAAUACGAGAUCUUUUGCUUUAUCUGAAGAGAAGAUAUAACAACCCUUUGAUUUAUAUAACAGAAAACGGUGUUGAUGAGGUUAACAACGACAAAUUGUCACUUAAAGAAGCACUUAACGAUCAAAUGAGGGUGGGAUACUACCAUGAUCAUCUAGCUUUCUUAAAUCUUGCAAUUAAGGAAGGUGUUAAUGUGAAGGGUUAUUUUGCGUGGUCGUUGUUGGACAACUUUGAAUGGAGUUCUGGUUAUACCGUCCGAUUUGGGAUCAACUAUGUUGACUACAAAGAUGGAUUAAAGAGAUACCCUAAACUUUCUGCCUUUUGGUUUAAGAAGUUUCUACAUAACAAGAAAUAGUAAUGUCCUUUGAGUAAUAAGUAAAUAAACUAUGAAUUCAUACUCAUGUUAUAUAUUGUAAUACAUGUGAACUUGGUGAUAUGACUCCCAUGAGUUUGUAUGGAGUGGAUUAUAUUUGCUCCUAAUGAAUAUUGAAGUGUUCUUUCUUUUCUAUUGGAUUGAAUGACUCUUGGUGAA